CGCGCAUCUCGUAUCAUAUAUCGUUGGUUAACACGAAUGGAAUUGCAACAUCGAAUAAAUUUCAUUUCGACACUUCUAAUCGGCGAACAAAGAUAACACAACGAAGUGACAUUUUUUUUUGUUAAAGAAUAAUUACGAAAGAAGUCUAAAGUCAAAUUUCGAACGCGUUAUGAAAAGAGGAUAGAUCUCUAUCUUUAGAUUUAUUAUUAUACUUACCUAAGCACAAAAUAACAGGCAAAAUUUCAUUAAACUAAUUGCCGUCAUUAUAAUACUUUGUUUGUUGUAGUAGGUUAUUAUGAACCUGAACUGAUAAAAGUUUAUUUGGGACGUUUAUCUUCAUAGUGAGUUGAAUGUUUGCGCGUGAUAGAUGUAUUUUCAUGCUUCGUUUGUAAGUUAUUAAUUAUUGAACGUGAAACGAAAUGUUGAAAGUUUUCGGUGGUCGUGUAGUGAAAAAGUUUUGCGGAAGGAGGUUAUACACCGUCGUAGGACAUGAUAAGUUACCGGCAAUUGGAGUUAAUGUGCAAGAGGGUGUGAAUGUAGACAAGCGGACCCUCGCAAGUGCGGAGAGGAAACAGAGGACCUUCACGGACAGGUCUCAGCUGAAGUACGCCAGGAGACUUGUGGUGAAGCUCGGCAGCGCUGUUAUCACCAGGGAAGACGGUAUUGGCCUGGCUUUAGGGCGGCUGGCGUCUAUUGUGGAGCAGGUAGCAGAGUGCCACCAUGAAGGUCGUGAAUGUAUCAUGGUGACGAGUGGGGCGGUAGCUUUCGGGAGACAGAAGUUGACACAAGAGCUGCUGAUGUCUCUUUCUAUGCGGGAGACGCUAUCUCCCAGCGACCACACGAGAGAGGAUGCUGGCAGUAUCUUAGACCCCCGUGCAGCUGCUGCGGUGGGACAGUCGGAGCUGAUGUCCAUGUACGACGCGAUGUUCUCCCAGUACAACGUUAAGAUCGCUCAGGUGCUGGUGACCAAGCCUGACUUCUACAACGAGGAGACCCGAAAGAACUUGUUCUGCACCCUCUCCGAGCUGAUUUCGCUGAACAUUGUCCCGAUUGUGAACACCAACGACGCUGUCAGCCCGCCAAUGUACAUCCACGACGACUCGGUGGUGCCGGGCACGGGGAAGAAGGGCAUUGGGAUCAAAGACAACGACAGCCUGUCAGCUUUACUCGCCGCCGAGAUCCAAUCGGAUCUGCUCAUUAUGAUGUCAGAUGUGGACGGCAUUUACAACAAGCCUCCUUGGGAAGACGGAGCUAGAAUGAUGCACACCUACUCGUCGAAGGAACAAGUCCAGUUCGGACAUAAAUCUAAGGUCGGUACUGGAGGAAUGGAUUCAAAAGUAAAUGCUGCUACUUGGGCAAUGGCCAGAGGAGUCAGCGUCGUGAUUUGCAACGGUAUGCAGGAAAAAGCUAUCAAAACCAUCAUCAGUGGAAGAAAAGUUGGCACGUUCUUCACCGAUUGUCCAUCUAACUCUUCAAAUUCAGUAGACGUAAUGGCCGAGAAUGCUAGAACUGGUAGCAGGGUACUUCAACAGCUCUCACCAGUAGAUAGAGCAUCAGCAAUACAUACCUUAGCAGAAUUACUAGUUGAUAAACAAGACAAAAUACUUGAGGCAAAUAAUAAAGAUUUAGAAGAAGCUACCAAAGGUGGAGUUGCUAAACCAUUGCUUGACAGGCUUUCGUUGAGCUCUGGAAAACUGAAAACUUUAUCAAUAGGAUUAAAACAAAUUGCAGAUUCUAGUUAUGAUAAUGUUGGUAGAGUAUUGAGAAAAACAAAACUGGCUGAAAACUUAGUGCUUCGGCAAGUUACUGUCCCUAUUGGUGUACUGUUGGUUAUUUUUGAGUCUAGACCGGAUUCAUUGCCACAAGUAGCUGCUUUAGCUAUGGCAUCAGCGAACGGCCUUCUUCUUAAAGGCGGUAAAGAAGCAGCAUACUCGAAUAAAGCUUUAAUGGAACUAGUAAAGGAAUCUCUUGCUUCUGUUGGCGCAGAAGAGGCUAUCUCCCUAGUUUCAACUAGGGAAGAAAUAAGUGACUUGUUAUCAAUGGAAAAACAUAUAGACUUAAUCAUUCCUCGAGGAUCUUCCGAACUGGUACGGAAUAUCCAGAAACAAUCCCAACAUAUUCCGGUACUUGGUCAUGCUGAAGGUAUUUGCCAUGUGUAUUUAGACAAAGAUGCCGAUCCAGUGAAAGCUUUGAAGAUUGUUCGUGAUGCUAAAUGUGAUUACCCUGCGGCUUGUAAUGCAAUGGAGACGCUGCUGAUUCAUGAGGAGCACAUAUUGGGUUCUCUAUUCACAGAUAUUUGUAAUAUGCUUAAGAAAGAAGGUGUAAAGAUUCACGCUGGUCCCAAGUUGUCUAGUCAGCUCACGUUUGGACCUCCUCCUGCUAAGACUAUGCGUCAUGAGUACGGAGCUCUCGAGUGCUGCAUUGAAGUAGUUAAAGAUAUGGAUGAUGCAAUAGAUCACAUACAUAAGUUUGGAAGCUCACACACAGAUGUCAUCGUUACGGAGAAUGAGAGCACAGCGAAGAAAUUCCUAACCUCCGUGGACAGCGCCUGUGUCUUCCACAACGUGUCGUCCCGUUUCGCUGAUGGCUUCAGAUUCGGCUUGGGAGCAGAAGUUGGUAUUUCCACCGCCAGGAUUCAUGCACGAGGGCCCGUCGGAGUGGAGGGACUUCUCACCACCAAGUGGAUUCUGGAAGGCACAGAUCACACAGCGGCUGAAUUCAAUGAAUGCAAGAGGACUUGGCUUCAUGAGAAGCUUCCCAUCAAUUGACUAAGCAAUACUCCUUACAUCACUUUAUUAUGGAACAAAUUCAAAGUGCACAUAAAUAAAAUAAAAUUAAGAACAAACAAAAGUGUCUAGCAUUUAGGCACAUCAUUCUGAAAUACGUAAUUGUGUAAUCAAUUUUGUAUGAACGAAUCUUAUGAAGUAAUUAACAAUUGUGUCAUGGACUAAAUUAAGUAAAUUUUGAUGUCGAUUCUGGUAUGAUUCUCUAAACUUAGUCUCUCCUUUUCAUUAUGUAUGAUUUUCAUUAUUAGUGAAUGACAAGGAUACACUGUUGUCAAAUUCAGUUGAAGGUUUAGAGAAUCAUGUCAGAAUCGAUACCAGUUUACUAUUUCAAAAUUGUACAAAAUAUGUAAUUUUCAUCUUACACUUACGUAAAAAUAUAUGUUAGAAGCAGUAGGAGCUCUACUAAUUAAAAUAACAGUUUGAGUUUUAAAUCGACAUUGUACAGUAAUAUUUUCAUUUACUAGCUUCAAACACUAAAAUCUACAUUAUAUAACUGUAUUUUAUAAUAACAUACAUAAUAUUUAAAAACAUUUUUGUAUUAUCUUCAAAAUAUAAAUGUCUUUCUGUAGGAGUACAGGCGACAAAGUUAACGAUUUGACAACUUCCGUGGCCGAGUGGUUUGUACGUCGGGUUUCAUGGUGUCGCCGACUCGAGAGCUCCCGGGUUCGAAUCCCGGUGGGGGCAGAUGUUUGUGUGAUGAAUACGAGCAUUUGUACUCCAGUCAUGGAUGUUUAAUAUGUAUUUCUAUAUAAAUAUACUAAUAUAUGCACAGUAUAUGUAUUCUAUCCGUUACCCUAGUAUCCCAUAACACAAGCCUUACAGUACUUACUGUGGGACUAGGCUAAUUGGUGUGAGUGUUGUAAAUAUUUAUUUAUUAUGAAUAUUUAUAUUUAUUUGUCAAAUUGAUACUGUAGUCAUUUCAGUUUCAUUAUUCUUUAAUAAAUGAUACAAUAAAGACUAACAUGUAAGUACGAGUAUUAAUGUGCCAACUUUAGUGAAAAGGUUUGAAGUAAUUUAGGAGAUAUGUAAUCGAAUAGGCGUAUUGCAUACCAACCUAUCUAGCAUGACCACCGAAACGGGAUAUGAUAAAGCGAUAUACCGGCAUUAACUGUCAGACUACAAUGGAGUUUGACAGUAGUCUGACAGUUAAUGCCGAUAUAUCGCUUUAUCGUUUCCCGUUUCGGUGGUCAUGCAAUAGGGGCAGAUGUAGGUAUAACCUAUAGUAUGCAAUAUGUUUAUUCGAUAUGAUUACUGCUUUAAUGCGUCUCCCACACCUGCGCGACGAAGCUUUGGUACUAAAAUGCGCUAAAAUUUGAAUUAGUUCCAUUGUACGUACGCUCCUUCAGCUGAAAAAGUCAAAAGGCAUCAGUCAAUCUAUCGUCUACCGUAGACUAUACGUACGUACGUACCGUAGACUCGCAGCCCGAUAAUUCAUUUCGAUUCAAAUUUAACGCUAAUUUUAGCGCAUUUAGUAGCAAAGCGACCCAAAGCGUCGUCCCGCAGGUGUUGGAGAAGCAUAAGUGAUAAGGUUGGAAGCUCUUUGUAGUGUAGCCCCAGCCCAUAAGUGUUUGACGAGACGGCCAACUUCUUCGACUGUACGCAGAGAUUGUCAUAAAACUGAGACGCAGUUGCCGAAAUCUAAACGAUACGAAAUAAAGAUUAAUUUUAUACAUAAAACAGUGAUAUUUUAUUCUCUCACCAAUUAAAAUUCAAAACGUGACAUUCUAACUUCUUGUUAGAUACCUAAAUUAUAGGAAAAGUUUUAA